GGGGCCCGCAGGAGCAGCAGAGCGCGCGGUGCACGGGGCGCGAUGGGCAACAGCGCGGGCCGCGGCCGCAGCGACUUCGAGUGGGUCUACAGCGACCAGCCGCACACGCAGCGGCGCAAGGAGAUGCUCGCCAAGUACCCCGAGCUCAAGGCGCUGAUGCGGCCCGACCCGUGGCUCAAGUGGGAGGUGCUGGCGCUGGUGCUGUCCCAGCUGCUGGCGUGCUGGCUGGUGUGCGGGCUGGCGUGGCGCUGGCUCAUCUUCUGGGCCUACGCGUUCGGCGGCUGCGUCAACCACUCGCUGACUCUGGCCAUCCACGACCUGUCGCACCACACGGCCUUCGGGCCGAGCCGCGUGGGCCACAACCGCUGGCUGGCCGUGGUGGCCAACCUGCCCGUCGGGGUGCCCUACUCGGCCUCCUUCAAGAAGUACCACGUGGACCACCACCGCUACCUGGGCGGCCACGGGCUGGACGUGGACGUGCCCACGCGCUUCGAGGGCUGGUUCUUCUGCACGCCGGCGCGCAAGGUGCUGUGGCUGGCGCUGCAGCCCUUCUUCUACGCGCUGCGGCCGCUCUGCAUCAACCCCAAGGCCGUGACGCGCAUGGAGGUGCUCAACACCCUGGUGCAGCUGGCGGUCGACGUCACCCUCUUCGCGCUCUGGGGGAUCCGGCCCGUGGUCUACCUGCUGGUCAGCAGCUUGCUGGGCCUGGGCCUGCACCCCAUCUCGGGCCACUUCGUAGCCGAGCACUACAUGUUCCUCAAGGGCCACGAGACCUACUCCUACUACGGGCCCCUCAACUGGAUCACCUUCAACGUGGGCUACCACGUGGAGCACCACGACUUCCCCAGCAUCCCCAGCUGCAAUCUGCCCCUGGUGCGGAAGAUCGCUCCCGAAUACUACGAUCACCUGCCGCAGUACCAGUCUUGGGUGAAGGUGCUCUGGGACUUCGUGUUCCAAGACUCCAUGGGCCCCUACACGCGGGUGAAGCGGGUGUGCCAGUUGGCAAACAAAGGCCUGUGAGCCCACCUGGACACGCUAUUCCCCACCUGCCCAGGGCGCCCUUCG